CUCCGUGCUAACAGACGUGAGGAAAAUAUGGAGGAAGAAACACAGUCAGAAUUGGAAACGAAGGAACAUUUAGACACUGAAGAGGGGAACAAGCCCACAGAGAAAGAAGAAACCAAAUCUGAUACAGAGAUAGGGGAUACCUUUAAAAAGCCGGCUAUUUUCGCGGCACCUUCUCUUGCUACCAAACGUAUAAACACCGUAGCAGAAAACAAGGUGGACAAUGUGUGUGAAGCUGCCACCGAUGCUGCUGGAGAAAAAGAGCGAAAAGAUGACAGAGAUGUCGACAAGACAAAAAAACAAGAAGUUAAGGCGAAGGCAGCUCCUGUCCAAGCUGGGAAGUUCCCCCCUCUUCCAUACACAGAGCCCCCCUGGGGGGGUCCUCCACCAGAAUCCCCCUACGCACUGGAAAUCCUCAAAAACGGCACCAUAGUGGACACUGUUACCCUGACCCACCGGAGCUACUUUGUGGUCGGGAGGCUACCUGUGUGUGACGUCUCCCUGGAGCACCCGUCCAUCUCCAGGUAUCAUGCGGUGAUCCAGUACCGAGGCCACACCGGGGAGGAAGGCUGCGUGGGUGAGGAGAGGGGCUUCUAUGUCCACGACCUGGGCAGCACACACGGCACGGUGGUCAACAAGAACAGGAUCCCCCCGAAGACCUACAUCAGACUGAAGGUGGGACACGUGUUGAAGUUUGGAGGAAGCACCCGGCUGUUUAUACUGCAGGGUCCGGAGUCUGAUGAGGAAGAGGAGUCUGAGCUGACGGUGACGGAGCUGAGGGAGCGAGCCCGCAAACAGAGAGCAGAGCUUGAGAAGAGGAUGAUGGGAGACCUCUCUGACGGAGAGGAGGAUGAGGAAAAUGGCGAAGGCAAAAAGAGCCAGAGUGAAGCAUCAAAGGAAGACUCUGGAUGCACGUGGGGAAUGGAAGAAGAUGCAGCUCCAGAGGAAGACGAGAACGAGGAAAACCCCUUCUCAACCGAGUUCCACGAAGACCAGGAGGCAGCUUACCUGAAAGACCCGAAGAAGGCUCUGCAGGGAUUCUACGACAGAGAGGGCGAGGAACUGGAGUUUGAAUACGAAGACAAAAAUCAUGGCACGUGGCUCUGCAGGAUAAAGCUGCCAGUGGACGACGCCUUGGGCCGACAGCUGGUUGCAGAAGUGACGCACACGGGGAAGAAGAAGGAGGCAGCCGUCCAGUGCUGCCUGGAGGCCUGCCGGAUGCUGGAGGCCAGAGGGCUGCUGAGGCAGGAAGCAGUCUCACGCAAACGAAAGAAGAAAAACUGGGAGGACGAGGACUACUACGACAGCGACGACGACACUUUUCUGGAUCGGACCGGCACAGUGGAGAGGAAGAGGCAGGAGCGAAUGAAAAAGGCCGGGAAGAUCGAGGAGCGGACUGAGACCUAUGAGUCUUUGGUGGCCAAGCUGUCCUCUGUGGAGAAGGAGCUGGCAGACGCUCAGAAAAGGCUAAGUAGCGGUAGACAAGGCUCUUCGGCCUCCUCCACGGAGGACUCGCUGGACGCCUUCAUGACGGCGGUGAGGAGCGAGGCUGCGAUGGACGGCGUGGAGCGCAGGAAGCUCCACGUACACGUGGCCGACCUGCGCAAAGAGGCCCAGCGGCUCCGGAGACUGGUGGAUCUGACUCGACCGGCGCAGAUGCCCUCGCUGCUCCCCGGUGGAAGCUCUGAGGCGGAGAAACCCAAGAAGAGCUUACCGCUGUUUGGAGCCAUGAAGGGAGGAAGCAAAUUCAAACUGAAGACAGGAACCAUAGGGAAGCUGCCUCCCAAGCGGCCCAACCUGCCCGCUGAGCUCUUCAACAUGAAAGAGCUUCCACCCACAGGGGAGGAAGAGGAGGAAGAGGAGGAGAAAGAAGAGGGAAAAGAGGAGGAGGCGGCAGAUAGGAGUAAAGAUGAUGGAGAGGAAUGCAGCACCACCCAAACUAAAUCUGACUGUGAAGAAUCCAGCAUUCCUCUGGGUCAGCAGAAAGACUCAGAGGAGGUCAAAGAGCAAAAGCUGAAGAAGAGCAAUAAAGCAGAGCUGCAGGUUCCUCUGAAGCCAUCAGCCGCUGUGAGCCCAGAGUCAAAGGCAGGGGGCGAAGCAGAGCCAGCAGCCGCUGCAGCAGGGCCCAUUCCCAGGAAUAAGAAGAGAGUGAUGGGCCCCAGCAGGCCUCCGGUGCAGCUGUCAGGACAGUAUCCACAGGAUGACCCUGAUUACUCUGUGUGGCUACCGCCUGCAGGUCAGACAGGAGACGGUCGAACUCACCUCAACGACAAGUACGGCUACUGAGGAGGACCAACACAGACCUCAACGAGCAGGGAGCGGCUCAUCGUCAGCCUCAGUGCUGGAAUGGAAGCGGUUGAAUUUACCACUUUUUAUUUGGAUCAGAGGAGACAAAGCAGCAUCUGAAUCAUCCAGCUUUUUAUUCUUUAGCUGCUCUUCCUGCAGACGAACCAACCUGACACCCGGUCUGCGACUCGCUCCCGUUCGGCUUCAGUCGAUCGCUGGCGUAACCUUUAACCGUUUCUCCCCUGCAAAGGGAGGGAGUGUGUGUGUGUGUAUCAAGAAGAGAGGGAGAGCAUAGCAGCAGCUUUUCUGACCAUCUGGACACUUGGAUGGCGUACUAGAUGAAACGUAAGCUGAUAAUGACUCAAGCUAAGUGGAGUGUGUGUUUCCAUGAGCGUACCCACACACAGUCCAAACCCAACCCUCUCGAAGUUCUCUUUUUAACAAGAUUGUCUCUGUGGGAGCUCGGUGAUUCCUUUCUCUGUGAAAUCCCACUCAGUGUUGUUUUCUUAAACUUCAGCCACACGUCCCACCCUCUCUGCUACUGUCUUUUAAACACAACAAUAAUAAAUGGAAACUCUAUUUUGUAAAAUAAUAAAGUAGUACAUAACUACAAAGAGUAAAAGUUUUUGAUUCUGUCAGCUGGUGGGAAACAAAUCUGCUCAUAUAAGCCGAAGUGCAAGACAGUCAAGAACAUUUUUGAGCAGUUCUGUUUUUGUUUUGCAUAAACUGAACUUUCAUUUUAGUUGGUUGCAAUCUUCUGUUUAACCACCAGGUGUUAGUAAAGGGAUAUUUCAUAUUAAAGUGCGCUUCUGGA